AGGGAACUAUUGAAAGGAACAAAGAGCUUAUAAAUACAUUAAGACCUGGAAUUCAGUUGCCCAGCCACGACAGUGACAGCGUUUAACAAAGCUUAGAGAAACCUCCAGGAGACUGCUAUCAUGGCAGAGAAGCCCAAGCUCCACUACUCCAAUGCACGGGGCAGAAUGGAGUCCAUACGGUGGCUCCUGGCUGCAGCUGGAAUAGAGUUUGAAGAGAAAUUUCUAGAAUCUGCAGAAGAUUUGGACAAGUUAAGAAAUGAUGGGAGUUUGCUGUUCCAGCAAGUACCAAUGGUUGAGAUUGACGGGAUGAAGCUGGUGCAGACCAGAGCCAUUCUUAACUACAUUGCCAGCAAAUACAACCUUUAUGGGAAAGACAUGAAGGAGAGAGCCCUGAUUGAUAUGUACACAGAAGGUAUAGUAGAUUUGACUGAAAUGAUCAUUCUUCUGCUCGUAUGUCAACCAGAGGAAAGAGAUGCCAAGACUGCCUUGGUCAAAGAGAAAAUAAAAAAUCGCUACUUCCCUGCCUUUGAAAAAGUCUUAAAGAGCCAUGGACAAGACUACCUUGUUGGCAACAAGCUGAGCCGGGCUGACAUUCACCUGGUGGAACUUCUCUACUACGUGGAAGAGCUUGACUCUAGUCUUAUCUCCAGCUUCCCUCUGCUGAAGGCCCUGAAAACCAGAAUCAGCAACCUGCCCACGGUGAAGAAAUUUCUGCAGCCUGGCAGCCAGAGAAAGCCUCCCAUGGAUGAGAAAUCUUUAGAAGAAGCAAGGAAGAUUUUCAGGUUUUAAUAAAGCAGCCAUGGAGGCCAAGAACAUGCCAGACCAGUAUUCUACAGUUUGCAACAAUGAAGUGCUUUACCUAAGUGUGGAUUGUGCCUCUUGCCAAGCUAAUAAACUCUUUCCAAUUACAUGCUAAUUAAAUAAUAAAUAACUCUUAUUUGUCAACGUAGCUAAAAUUGAUUUGUUUUCAUUAGGAUCUGAUAUGAAUUCAGAUUUCUAAUCUCCUCCUAACCUACCACUUUCUUGGAAUUAAAAAUUUGGUAAAAAAGAAGAAACUA